GGUCACAGUUUAAGGAUAAAGGGGAAAUCUUUUAGGACCGAGAUGAGGAAAACUUUUUUCACACAGAGAGUGGUGAAUCUCUGGAAUUCUCUCCCGCAGAAGGUAGUUGAGGCCAGUUCAUUGGCUAUAUUUAAGAGGGAGUUAGAUGUGGCCCUUGUGGCUAAAGGGAUCAGGGGGUAUGGAGAGAAGGCAGGUACAGGAUACUGAGUUGGAUGAUCAGCCAUGAUCAUAUUGAAUGGCGGUGCAGGCUCGAAGGGCCGAAUGGCCUACUCCUGCACCUAUUUUCUAUGUUUCUAUGUAAACAGCAGUAAAACGUACAUGGUCGAAGCCAGUCUUCAACAAAGUCGAUGGAGAUCUUCUUCAUAGUCAUGGGAGAUCUUCAACAUAGUCGUGGGAGUUCUUCAACAGGAGGUCGUAGACAUAGUCGUGGAAGGUCGUAGGAGGUCGUAGCUUACAGCGACCUUGAUUUUUAUUUUAUGUCUUUUAAGGUCGUCAGAGGUCGUGAAUAAGGUCGUGAAAGUGGGACAAUGGCUUUACUGGAUGUUGCAGUUGCAGUUAUAUAAGACAUUGGUAAGGCCGCAUUUAGAUGAUUGUGUUCGGUUCUGGGCACCACGUAUAGGAAAAUAAACUAAACUGAGAACGUAGAACACAGAAUAAUAGACACAAAAUGCUGGAGUAAUGGGCCUGUCCCACUUAGGCGAUUUGUUCGGCAACUUCCGGCGACUGUCAUAGUCGUAGCAGGUCGCCGAAAAACCAGUGACUGGAACCCCACGACAAUGUCUACAACAAUGUCUACAACAACCUACCACCUAGUCAACGUCAAGCUACGGCAAGCUACUGACAACCGGCGACCCAUUAGGACGUCCACCUGUGACUACACCUACGACAACCUACUCCACCUGUGACAAGCUAUGACAAGGCAAGACAAUACAGUCACCGGUACCUGUCACCAGUUGAUGUAGGUUGACGUAGGUAGUCACCAGUUGAAUUCACCAAAGUCAGCACCAGCUACAACCUACGUCAUCCUGGCGACAACCUACGACAGCACCUACGUCAGAAGUCAAGCUACGCUCAUUGGCGUCAAGCCAACUGUCGCCGAAAAGUUUUUUCUGAACAUUUCAAAAUCCAACGGCGACCAGAAAAAAGGUACGACUCUUUGAGCGACUGAGGAGACCAUACCCGUACACCCCGGCCACCAUGUGGCGACAGCCUAGUCACCUGUAGUUGCCUAAAAUAUUGCCUAAGUGGGACCGGCCCAUUACUCAGCAGGUCAGGCAGCAACUCUGGAGAAAUAGAAUAGGUGAUGUUUCGGGUCGGACUUGUUCAGACUGAGAGUUACUCCAGCAUUUUGUGUCUAUCUUCGGUAUAAACCAACAUUCACAGUUACUUUCUACACAUCGAACUAUACGGCAGAGGAUCCAGCCCUUCAGCCCAUAAUAUGCCGAAUAUGAUACCAUCUCAUCUGCCUGCACGAGAUCCAUAUCCCUCCAUUCCCUGCACAUGCAUGUCAUAGAGUCAUGGUCACACAGCAUGCCCAUCUACACCAGUCCCAUCUGCCCACGAUUGGCUCAUAUUGCUCUAAACCUUUCCUAUCCAUGUACCUUGUCUAAACGUCUUUUAAAUGUUGUAAUAGUACCUACCUCAAUUACCUCCUCUGGCAGCUAUUCCAUAUACCUCUGGUUCUUGAUUCCCCUAUUCUGGGUAAAAGACUGUACAUUUACCCUAUCUAUUCCCAUCAUUAUCUUAUACACCUCUAUAAGAUCACACCUUGUCCUCAAAUGGAUGAUGCUGUAAAUUACACAAUGUUAGUAAACAACAAAUAGACGAGAUGUUGGAGGGAAUAUUGAGUGUUCAUUUCUAUUCCCAUCACGCAGAUUUGCUUGCCUAUAAUCCGCAAAAAGAAAUCAGGGGCGCACAGACAAAUAUUCUUCCCUGUUUACAAGUGACGCAUGGUCACCACAAUGUACCUCUGCUGCUGCUCCUCUUCAUUAUAGAUUUAGCCACUCGGAUCUUCUCAUUGAUUUCAGCAGACCCAAAGGCAUUAUGUUGUGUAAGGACAUAUAGGAAGGUAUCCUGACAAAGCCAUCAGAAUAUCAAAACAUACAUUCAAGGCUCAGUCAAAUUGUGUGAACAUUCCCAGGAAGGAUUCUUCUUCCUCGUGUCCGGCCUUCUUCUAUAUCAUGUCUUUCCGGUCGGUCAGUGGUGGUUGCAGAAUUGGCUACUUCAGUCAGUCACUGUGAAACAGUUUCUGUCAUCAGCAUUGCCCUGGAUGUGCCACGUGGAGGCUUCUGCUUGCAUCUCCCAGGAAGGAUAAACUUAUGUCUAUUUCUCUUUUUCAGGACACUGAAUUUGGACUAAGCAUUAAUUGCAUCUUCCUACUGUUCGUCUGGACUGCUGGAGGGGAAUCAUGUUACAGUGCUCCUCCUACUAUUCUGGCUUUAGGUCGAAGAUAUCGAGUCAUCUAAUCUGGAUUAACAAGGGAAACCUCCCACAGUUUGCAUCCUGUUCCUUGUCCCCAUUUCAAUUUUAUUGGAUGACCCUGGCCGUACUAACUCUUCCUUGCUCUGUACAUUGUAUAACGUACAAGGUGGGGGUCAUGGGACCCUGGGAGUGUGACCCUAUUUUUGCCAAAGCUCUUCCAGACGUUGCUGCUAAAUUGGCUAUUGAUCAAAUCAACCAAGAUUCCUCUUUAAGUCUUGGCAACCACCUAGAUUAUGUAAUAUUAAACGAAGACUGCCAAACCUCCAAAGCAUUAGUUACUUUCCAUGACUAUUCAGGCAUGGCAUCUGGAUUCAUUGGCCCAGUCAAUCCGGGCUACUGUGAUGCUGCCUCCCUUCUAGGGAAAAAUUGGAACAGAAUCAUAUUUUCGUGGGCUUGUGUUAAUUAUGAAUUGGAUGAUGCCAUGAAUUACCCAACAUUUGCAAGAACUUUGCCGUCUCCAACACAAGUACUCUCCAAGGUGAUGAAAUACUUCCGGUGGGCACACGUGGCCAUCAUCUCAUCGACUGAAGACAUUUGGGUGGAUACAGCUGUGAUCUUGGCCAGUGCUCUCAGGAAACAAGGCAUGCCAGUGCGCACUGUGUUGUCAGUGGCCAAUGAACUAGCAAGUAUCAGAAAAGUUCUAGAGGAAAUAAAAUCUCUUGAGAAACUUCACAUGGUCAUCAUGUGCAUGCACUCCGUUCUCAUUGGAGGCAGGGUGCAGAAACAGGUUUUGGAGGUUGCCGAUGACUUGCGGAUGACCGAUGGCAGUUACGUCUUUAUACCAUACGAUACUCUUCUCUACAGUCUCCCCUACCAAAACACACCCUACCCAGUGUUGGUGAACAACUCCAAGCUACAAAAGGCUUACGACUCGGUGCUGACUAUCACUGUUGAUUCAACAAAUAUGUCAUUCCAUCAGGCAUUUAAAGAACGUGUGCAGAACCAGGAGAUUGUAACUAACUUGAACCCUGAGCAGGUAUCACCUCUGUUUGGAACAAUCUACAAUGCGAUCUAUUUCCUUGCAACAGCCAUGCACAACAAUCGAAAACACAGAGCCUGGGUCUCCGGUAGCAACAUAGCAAAGUUUUCCAAAAACAUCAGGUUUGAAGGAUUUAACCAAAGGAUCGGGACAGAUGAAAAUGGGGAAAGCUUCACUGAUUAUGUAAUCCUGGACACUGAUGGUACAGGAAAUGAGUUGCACCGCACUUAUCUCAUUGAUAUGGAAGCUGACCUAAUUCGGUUAACCGGGCAGGUAAUUCACUUUCCCAAUGGAGUCCUGCCGAAGACCGACUCUGCCUGCUGGUUCAUCCAUGGGAAAAUCUGCACUGGAGGCAUUGACCCGUUCUAUGCUGUCACGGUGCCACUGGUGGCUAUCUUCGCUCUGCUCUGCAUUGUGGGUCUGGCUUGUUUUUUAAGGCGCCAAAUAAUCCAAAUAAAAUUAAUGAAGGGCCCUGAUAGGAUUUUACUGACAUUCAAUGAUGUUACGUUUAUAAAUCCGCAGUUUAGUAAUAAGGACAGUCAACCUAGUGAAGGUGUACAAGGUAUCUCUGAAUCAAGGAGUAAGAGAUCUCCCAUCCGGUCACACUCAGUCGGAAGCCUGACACCAGCCACCUAUGAAAACUCAAAUGUAGCGAUUUAUGAGGGUGACUGGGUGUGGUUGAAGAAGUUUCUUUGUGAAGAAUUUGGCGAGAUAAAACCAAGCACAAAAGCUGUGUUUGAAAUGAUGAAGGACUUACGACAAGAGAACAUAAACCUUUUCCUUGGCUUCUUCCAUGACUGUGGGUUGCUUGCGAUCGUGACAGAGUUCUGCACUCGUGGGAGCCUGCUAGAUCUACUGAAAAAUGAAGAUGUAAAAUUGGACUGGAUGUUCAAGUCAUCACUUCUGUUAGAUCUGAUCAAGGGCAUGAGGUAUCUGCACCAUCGAGAUUACAUACAUGGAAACCUGAAGUCACGCAACUGUGUAGUGGAUGGCCGCUUUGUGCUCAAGGUGACAGACUAUGGCUAUGUUGAAGUAGCAAAAACCCAGGGUAUUCCACUGAUGGAGCGCCCAGCAGAAGAGUUUUUUUGGACUGCUCCCGAGAUACUACGAAAACCUAACCCUUUAAUGAAUGGCACCUUCAAAGGUGAUGUUUACAGCUUUUCCAUAAUAAUGCAGGAAGUUGUUGUACGAGGGCCUCCAUAUUGCAUGUGUGAAAUGUCUGCAGAAGAAAUUAUCCAGAUUAUAAAAAAGCCACCUCCAUUGCUCAGACCCAUUAUCACCUCGGACCAAGCACCUAUGGAGUGUAUUCACAUCAUGAGGCAGUGCUGGAAUGAAUUACCUGAAAGAAGACCAUCCUUUGAUGAAGUCUUUGAUAAUUUCAGAAACAUUAACAAAGGCAGGAAGACAAAUAUAAUUGACUCUAUGCUGAGAAUGCUUGAACAAUAUUCCAGUAAUUUAGAAGAUUUGAUAAGAGAGAGAACAGAGGAGUUGGAGAUAGAGAAACAGAAAACAGAGAAACUUCUGACCCAGAUGCUACCUCAAUCCGUUUCAGAGUCCCUGAAGACAGGCUGUACUGUUGAGCCUGAAUACUUCGACCAGGUGACCCUGUAUUUCAGUGACAUUGUAGGUUUCACAACAAUAUCAGCAAUGAGUGAGCCCAUCGAAGUGGUCGACCUGCUGAAUGACCUCUAUACGCUUUUUGACGCAGUUCUGGAAAAUCAUGACGUCUAUAAGGUAGAAACGAUUGGCGAUGCAUACAUGGUUGUCUCUGGCAUUCCAAAGCAGAAUGGUAACAGGCAUGCAGCUGAGAUUGCAAAUAUGUCUCUGGAUAUCCUCAGCGCAGUCGGCACCUUUAAAAUGAGGCACAUGCCAGACGUGCCAGUCAGAAUAAGGAUAGGACUGCAUUCAGGCCCAUCAGUUGCAGGCGUCGUUGGUCUAACCAUGCCACGCUAUUGUCUUUUUGGAGAAACCGUCACUACAGCCUCACAAAUGGAAUCUACAGGAAAACCUUAUCGCAUUCAUGUCAAUCAUACGACUGUUAAAAUUCUUUUAAGUCUGAAUGAGGGUUACAUGGUGGAACUGAGGAAUAAGUCGGAUCUGAAGGGCACGGACUUUGACGAGACCUACUGGCUGGUGGGGAAAACUGGUUUUACCAAGCCUUUACCAAAGCCUCCGGAACUGAAGCCCGGGCAAACUACACACGGUUUACAGAUGGAAGAAAUGGCCCGAUACAAAAAGAUGAAAGCAUUAAAACGGCAAAAGGAGGAAGUCCAGGUACAUUUUUUCCACAAAUGUAAAAGCUUCAAUACUUUGUGUAUAUUUUGGUCCAUGACAAAAGAGCUAUCCCAUCUAUUUUAUUUGUUUGGAUUUGGUUGAAAUUAUUAUGGGGAAUAGGGAGGUUUGAACUGGGAAAUGGUUACAGGGCUGAAGAGUUCUGAUUCCUCCAUCAUUGAUCCUUCAUCAUUGGGCUUGUUCAAAAUUCUCUCUAGAUGCGAUUUUGAGUUUGAGUUUAGUUGAUUGUAAUGUGUACAGUGAAAAGCUUUUGUUGCGUGCUAACCAGUCAGCGGAAAGACAAAACAUGUUUACAAUCAAGUCAUCCACAGUGUACAGAUACACAAUAAAGGGAAUCAUGUGAAUGACGUUCAGUGCAAGAUCAAGCCAGUAAAGUCCAAUCAAAGAUAGUCUGUGUGUUUCCAAUGCGGUAGAAUAGUAGCUCAGGACUGCUCUCUAGUUGUGGUAGCAUGGUUCAGUUGCCUUGUAACAGCUGGGAAGAAACUUUUUUUGUUUUUUGUUUAGUUUAGAGAUACAGUGCGUAAACAGGCCCUUCGGCCCACUGGGUCUGCACCGACCAGCGAUCCCCGCACAUUAACACCAUCCUACACUCGCUUAGGGACAAUUUUUACAUUUACCAAGCCAAUUAACCUACAAACCUGUACGCCUUUGGAGGGUGGGAGGAAACCAAAGAUCUCGGAGAAAACCCACGCAGGCCACGGGGAGAACGUACAAACUGCGUACAGACUGCACCCGUAGUUGGGAUCGAACCCGGGUCUCCGGCGCUGCAUUCGCUGUAAGGCAGCAACUCUACCUCUGCACCACCGUGACCGCCAACUGUCCCUGAAUCUGGAGGUGUGCGUUUUCACAUUUCUGUACCAUUUGCCCGAUGGGAGUGGGGAGAAUAGGGAGUGGCCAGGGCUACUGGUCAGGCCUGAGACAUUGACAACCGUACCAAGUAAUACAUUUAUUGUCCAUCCUUGUUUGGGCUUGGCAAGGAUCAAUUUCAGAAUCCUGACCAGAAAGGCCCAGCUUUCCCCCUGUAAUAAUAAUUUAUGUAUGAGAGAGUACUAAGAAGGCGUUGUGUGUGAGGGAUAUCUUUUUUAAAAUGCAGUUGCUGUAAGCCUGAAAUACAAACAGAAAAGACUGGAAACAUUAAGCAGGUCAGGCAGCAACUGUGGAAGGAGAAACAGAGUUAACUAGCCUCAUAAAACUUGUCAAACAAAAAAUCACAUCUGCAGCUUUUCCCUAUGGCAACCCUGCGUCAUUCUAUCAGAGAUAUUACUUUUCCCAAUCCAUUCCUCCCUCACCCUCUCCACAACUUUAAACUUUUUUUCUUCUUGGCUAAUUCUGCUGAAUGGUCUUUAAUCUGAAAUGCCAACUCUGUAUCUCUGUUCCCAAUGCUGGCUGAGCUGCUCAAGCAGAUUUGUCAGAUUAUUCCGUUUUUAAUAAUUUAGUACAGGUAAAAACUGGUUUACCUGAAUGUGUAGAAGGAACUGCAGAUGCUGGUUUAGUUAGUUAAUAGUUAGUUAGUUAGUUAGAUAGUUAAUCUGUGGAAUUUAUUGCCACAGAGGACUGUGGAGGCCAAGCCUGUGGAUAUUUUUAAGGCAGAGAUAGACAAACUCUUGAUUAGAAUGGGUGUCAAGGGUUACAGGGCGAAGGCAACAAAAUGGGAUUAGAAGGCAGAGAUCAGUCAUGAUUGAAUGGCGGAGUAGACUCGAUGGGCCGAAAGGCCUAACUCUACUCCUAUAACUUGUGAACCUGUGUGAAUAGACAUAAAAUGCAGGAG